UUUUUAAAUUGUGCUCUUUAAAAUGAUAUCCACUUUGACAUAUUCUUAGAAAAAAAAAAUGAGUCAUUUUUUACCAGUCAAUAUAAUAUGGUAUGCUCCUAUUUAAAACAAUAUGAUAAGAAAGCGUACCAUGAUGGUAUGAACUAACCCAAACUGUAUGAAGGUUAAAUACGUGAUAGUAGGAGUAUACUAACUGUCAUUUACGACUUUUAUCAUUGUUUACCACAAGUUACUACCCCCAUACCAUAGUGGUGAAGUAUGGUAAUUUUUUAUUCUGUAUUUUUUCAACCAGAAUUUUAGAGAUCCAAUAGAUCAUAAUGAACUCGUUUAUUCUGAGCAAAUAUUUUAAAAAAUGACUAAAAAAUGAAGAAAUUAACAUAUGGUAUGUAGUUGGUAAUAGGAUGUAUGAAAAAAAUACUCAAAAUAUAUUGAAAUUUGAUCUCAUUUUUGUAGAACACAACGAACUCAUUCCGUCUGUGCAUAAAAAAUUAAAAUCCAAAUCAAAACAAAUAAAAUAAGAGCCGAUUAAGAAAAAUAGGGAAAAUAAAAUGUUUUUAAUUCACAACCCUUAGAUCUAGAAUUUCUGUUCCAUUUAAACCUAAAAUUGAAGAUUUGAUUACUCAUAGGUUAGUAACUAUUGGUUAGUGACUAUAUCCAUUCACGGUAUAAGGAGUGAACAUUUGGUUUGUGUUUUUUUUUGGUAACAUUUGGUUUGUGUUAGAAACAGAAACUUUCUAAAAAAGGAAACUGAGAUCCACAGGCCACAAGCCCACAACCACAAAAAAUUAGAUAAAAAGGUAAAAAAUGGGGAAAAAGCUGAUUAUGAAAUUAUCGACAACAAAAGUAUAAUAAAACAAAAGAAGGUGGAAAGAAUAACUAUAAAAAAGAUGCGAAGGGAUGACAAGUGACAACCUUUUUGGAUUGUCAUUUUUACAAACCUCUAGGCUCUAGAUACCUUUAGAUCCAUAUUAUAUAUAUGGGGAGUUCAAUAUACUCAGGGUGAUAUUCGGGGUACCGCAUACCUUGAGCAAGAAAAUGCUAUCUAGAACUUGAAUUGAUUGAUCUUUCGGACAUGAUACUAUACUAUAACACUUAAAAAUCAAAAUUUAGGUCUUAAUUCUCUAAAUCUUAUACCACCAAGAUCAAAUUAAUUAGAAAUAAUAAUCAACGGUUAUGAUUCAUCCAAAUAUGGGGGGAAAUCAAUGCACCAUCUUAGGGUUUAUAGUUUAUGAUUUUGAUAAUUAGGACCUAGGGUUCACUCAUUAAGGGUUAGGGUAUAGUAUCAUGCCCAAAAAUACUGUUAAUUCGAGGUCUAGAUAGCAUUUUCAUACUUAAGGUAUGUGGUAACCCGGAUUUCACCUGAGGUACCGUAGAAGAUUAGGUCAAAAUAGCAAUGGCAAUGGGCAGGUCCGGUGUGGGUAUCUAGAAAACCUAUAUUCAUCCCAUGGCAGGUCGGGUAAUUGGCGCAGAUCAGGGCAAGUCGACCUAUAUGUGUAUGUAAUUUUAAAAUAAAACGUUAGAAAUACUAAAUUUUUAUUAAAACCCCAAGAAACAACUAAAUAUGAUAAAUAUUAUUAAGUUAUUCAAAAGAGUGAGGUUUUACCUAUUUCCAAAUUCAUUAUAGCUAAAACAUGAGCUAAUAAAAUAAAAUCUUAAAUAAUUUGAGUCAAAUUACAUGUAAUUUAGGUUGGGGCAGGUCAUAACUCAUAUGCCCCCACAUACUAAGCGGGUCGGACCCCAUUCUCCUUGUUUUUAUUUUUGUUAUGCUUUCUGUUUUACGUGCUUCCUUUUUGGAGCUUUUCUCACCUCUUCUCUGAAGUUAGGUGCUUCUUCUUCUUCCUCAUGUCCGAUCUUUACAGAUCUGAUCAUUGAGAUGUUUUGGUGGUGUCAGAUUCUCCUUCUUGUUUCAUGUUCCUCCUCCUUGCUUCACCGUUGCGGCUUGGUGUUUCGGAGAUGUCUGGGAAUCCUAUCGUGAUCUCCUGUUGGUUUUAGUUUCAAGGAGUUUGAAGGCAGAGAUCAAGAUUCAUGGACUCUCAACUGCUGUCCCUGGCGCUUUCAUCGGUUCGGCUGCGUGCUUUUGUCUUUCAGAGGUGGCGUGUGCAAGCGUUCUUCUUUGAUCUGCUUGCUGUCCGGCGGUCUUUGGGUCAUCGGAUCUCCCUUCAUCAGCCUCUGCAUGUGCGUCCGAUGGAUGCUCUUUUGGGUGGUAGGUGGUGGCGGCUGCUCUUGGAGAUUUAGGUUGGGGUGCUAGGGUUUCAGGCCAUCUGUUGGGCUUAGUGCUCUUUUAGGGAUGACAACUUUGCCCAUACCCAUGGGUUUCUUACUAUCCAACCCAAUUGGGUUGGGUAUGAAAUCCAAAUAGAUGGAUAUGGGUAGAGUUUGAUGGGUUUGUACCCAUACCCAUUUGUUAACUUUGUUAGGCCCGGCCCAGGCCUGAGCACGGUUUGAAUCGUGCCGUGCCUAUUCGUGCUCGUUUCCUGCUCGUAUUCGUGUCUAAUAAAAAGGGAAAAAAUAAAAGAGAGAAUGAAAAAAAGGUGGAAAUUGGACGGGGAAAGAUAUUAUAAACCGAGAAUGUUUGAGAAAAGUAACAAAUAAGGGGGAACAGAAAAUUGGAAGUAGAGCGGGUGUGAUUUGGCUUUGUUUAAUUCUUCGCCCAUUUUUACUUAUGGUAGUAAUUACGUAUAUAUAUUCAUGACACUUAUAACAACAACAAAUAAAUAUUUUUUUACUUGUAUUUUAUAAUAUUUGAACCUAUAAUUCUUUCUAUAUUUAUUUUCUAUCAAAUAAAAGUUAUUUUUGUCUCAUGCCUGUUCUUAUACUCAAUAAAAUCUCAAAAGUAUUAGGCCCAACAUGACCCACUUAUAUACCGUGUUGUGCCCAUGAAGUUUAGGCCCGGCACGACCCAUAAAUUAUUCGUGCUCGUGCUGGCCUGACCCAUUUAUUUCGUGCCCGUGCUCGUGCCGUGCUACCCCGUAGGCGGCACGGCCCGGUGCCCACGUACAUUCUAGACAGAGUGAGUGGUGCUGUCGGCGGGAGCUGUGUGGCUGCACUACGGGAAAAGUGGCUUUACGCAACACUCGUCCUGCAACACUUCUAAAAAGUGUUGCAUAAAAUAAAUAUAGGCAACAGUUUCAUUUUGUGUCGCUUAAUAUAUAUCUUAUGCAACACUUUCAUUUGUGUCCCUUAAUAUAUAUUUUAUGCAACACAAAUCAGGAGCAUGAUAAUUUUUGUUGCAUAUUGUUAAUAAUAUGCAACACUUGUACAAUAAAAUAACUUGUGUUACAUAUUCUAAUAUUUAGACUAACACUUUGUAAAAAAUGUAACAUAUUGUACCAAUUUGAUAUUUGUUAUUAAUUAAAAUUAUUAUAUUAAUCAAGAAUAUUAUUAUGUAUUAAUUAAGUAUAUGAACUAUAAUUAUAAUAAUUAAUAAUAUGAUUGUAUAUUAAAUAAGUAUAUGAAUUAUUAUAUUUAUAUUAACUAAGUAUGUGAAUUUCAAAUUAACUUGAACUCUCACUACAAUUGAAGAACAAAACAUAAAAGAACCUCCACUACAAAUGACCAAACCUCGUUAUACCUUUAUUAUUAUUAAUAAAUACUAUUGAAUUUUUUUCACUUCCCAUCGGAUCAUCCAUAUCUCGAAGAUAAUUAUGGUAAAAUAUACUUAAUAUUGAUUUUUAUAUUCUUCCUAACAAAACAAAAAAGAGCCUAUCAAUCCGAACUUCCAGCCUUAGCAUAAAGUAUUUCGCCAAAAUAAUUAUUUGAAUGGUUAUUUGCCAUUUGGCCAAUUAUAUUAUCUAAUUCUCUCCCUGAAUAUUUUCUAUUCAUCCUAGCUAGGAAAAACAUUAAAGUGGCAUACUUCCACACUUCCACACUUUAUAUAAUGUUUUCCUUGAAUAGUUUUUUUUGGUAGAAUCCUUGAAUAUUUUUAACACAAUUAAAAUUUGAGAUUUUAUAAUUCCACCUUGAAUAAGUGCUAAUUUAUCAGACCAACGAGUCAUGGAGACUCGUAUGCAUCAUGGUCAACCUCUUUGAGAAUAGUCAUGGAGACUCGUACACAUUUCUACGAUAUUUAAUUUUCUUUCGAUUUGAUAAUCAUAUGGAUAAAAUGUGACAUAGCAUAUAUUUAGUAAAUUAACAACUCUAUUAGGUUUACUAAAUAAUCUUAGUACAG